AUGAAAUAUACUACAAUAUUGGUUUUCCUUUUACUUCUCAUGAGCUCCUGUACAAAAGCUGGUCCGGUGGCUUACGGCAUGUGUCAGGCUGGGUGUGCAUCUGUUGUUGUAGCUUGCUAUUCAGCGGCUGGUGCAGUAUUUGGUACGGUGACUGGUGGAGUUGGUGCACCACCAGCUUUAAUAGCUUGUAACCUUGCAUUUGGCAAAUGCUCAGCAGUUUGCGCUGCUAUAGCUCUGACACCAACACCAUAA